AACAGGUUGUUAGUCUGCCUCACUGAGACGACACACACACACACACACACACACACACACACACUGAGAGACGGACGAUAAGAUUCACCUUCAGACCAAAACCACCACUUCCACUGAGAGAGGACAUCUACAGGAGGGAAUACUGGGAAUACUGGAAUACUACCACUUCAACCAGCUGCUGAAUCCACAAACUGAACCAGAGUUUUACAAGAACAAAGACUCAAAGUGAAAGUUACUUUCAGGGAACAGGGAGUGGCUGAGCCGUCUGCCUGCUGUGUUUUCAGCUUCACUCAGAGACUAAAUGGCUUCCAGAUUAGAGGACGAUCUCUGCUGUUCUGUCUGCCACGACAUCUUUAAAGAUCCUGUCAUCCUGUCAUGUAGCCACAGCUUCUGUAAAGUCUGUCUGCAGAGCUGGUGGACAGAGAAACACGUCCGAGAGUGUCCACUUUGUAAGAGAAGAUCUUCAAAGAACAUCCUACCUCCUAACUUGGAUUUAAAGAACGUGUGUGAGAGUUUCUUACAGGAGAGAGAUCAGAGAUCUUCAGAGGCUCUCUGCAGUCUGCACUCUGAGAAACUCAGACUCUUCUGUCUGGACCAUCAGCAGCCGGUGUGUCUCGUCUGCAUAGAGUCAGAAAAACACACCAACCACAGAUUCAGACCCAUCGAUGAAGCUGCACGACAACACAAGAAGGAACUUCAGGAAACUCUGGAGCCCUUAAAGGAGAAGUUAAAGGUUUUUGAAGAAGUUAAAGUGAAGUUUGAUCAAACAGCAGAACACAUGAAGGUCCAGGCCCGACACACAGAGAGGCAGAUUAAGGAGCAGUUUAAGAAGCUUCACCAGUUUCUAGAAGAGGAAGAGGAGGCCAGGAUGGCUGCACUGAGGGAGGAAGAGGAGCAGAAGAGUCAGAUGAUGAAGGAGAAGAUGGAGGCUGUGAGCAGAGAGAUAGCAGCUCUUUCAGACACAGUCAGAGCCACAGAGGACGAGCUGAGAGCUGAAGACGUCUCAUUCCUGCUCAACUACAAGGCUGCAGUGGAAAGAGUCCAGCAGCGCCCCCUGCUGGAGGAUCCACAGCUGCUCUCAGGAGCUCUGAUAGACCAGGCCAAACACCUGGGCAACCUGACCUUCAACAUCUGGAACAAGAUGAAGGACAUGGUCUCCUACACUCCUGUGAUUCUGGACCCAAACACUGCUCAUCCAGAACUCAUCCUGUCUGAAGAUCUGACCAGUGUGAGACGAGGAGAGGAACAGCAGCUUCCUGAUAAUACAGAGAGGAUUAAUAAAUACCGCUCUGUCCUGGGCUCUGAGGGCUUUAACUCAGGGACUCACAGCUGGGACGUCGAGGUUGGAGACUGUACAAGCUGGGGACUGGGUGUGUUAGCAGAGUCUGUCCAGAGGAAGGGAGACAUACUGUCUGGAUUAUGGAGAAUAAGGUUCUAUAAUGGUAAAUACAGCGCAGUCUCCCCAUCAGAUCUCACUGUUCUAGUAGUACAGAAGAAGCUCCAGAGGAUCAGAGUGAAUCUGGACUGGAACAAAGGAAAGCUGUCCUUCUCUGAUCUUGAUACUAAGACACACAUACACACCUUCACACACACUUUCACUGAGAGGAUGUUUCCAUACAUUGGAACUGUGGAUCUCCUACUGAAGAUUUUACCAGUGAAGGUCUCUGUGACUGUAGGACAAAAGAAAUAGAUGAUGAUGAUGAUGAUGACAUGCUAAAUUUUCUUCUGAGUCUUUGAGGAACAUGUGACUAUGUUGUCCUGAUUAUGAUGUUGGUUGGCGAUAUGAUUUGCGAUAUUAGAGGGAAUGAUAACUUCUACAUCAUUAUUCUCAUUCUCAUUGAUAAACAUAUUAAAAUGAGUUAUGGUGGGAUUUUUGCGUGACAUGUGUACCAAACAAAGUCUGUAGAAUAUGAUGUGUCGGUCAGGACAUCUCUGCAGCACCACAAUAUUUAAUGUAAAAUGAUAUGUUGACACAUAUUUCAUCUUUAACAAAUAAUGCGCCUGGCUAUAUUGCACUUUUGAUCAAAUGUUCGCCCUCGUCUUUGUUCAUGUCAAAGUUUAUUCUUGUAAAUAGUCCAGUCAGAACAUUUAUUGAGAUGAUAAAAUACAGAUAUAUAUUCAGUUAUAUUUAAAGACUUUGAAAUGUAGAAGGGUUUCCAGGAAGCAGGUUUAACAUCAGUCCAUGUUCCAGAUGUUGGGUUUAUUUGGUCACAUGAUCCAGAUCAACUCAGUGAACUUGGAGCAGAAACCAGGUUUACUGCUGUGUUUACACACAUUACUGAUGUAACAUCAUCAGAAUUAAUAACUCAUAUUUAGUCUCCUGUUUCUGAAUCACAAGACCUGUCAGUCAAGAUGUGAUCGACAGCAGCUUCAGAUUGGUUUUGGUGGUGGGAGGGGCUAGUCUUUGGUUUACCAUUAUUGAUUAUUGAUUGUAUCUUUAAUGUGAAGUUUCUGUGUAUUUGAACAGCAGGUUCAAACAUUGAUUUGUUUAUUCAUGUAAAGUGUUAAAGAGAUUUUAUUUCACAUCAUCUGUUCACUGUAAUUCAUCAUUAGAAAUGAGAUUAAAGCUUCAACUGGAAAAUUAAAGUGUCUCAUGAAGCAGAAA